CUCUUUGCUUUGCUCCUGCUCCCUCACCACCUCCCUUGGAAGAGCCUAAACCUUUAAAGAUAAAUCCUUUGAAUUUGUUUCUUUAAACUAUUGACAUUAUCAUUUGAUCAGAUCCAUUAUUAACCCUUUUAUUUGAUCGCAAUAUCUGACAGAAACAAAAGAAAAAGAGCGGUGCAGGGAGCCUUCUGAAUUUGUUUUUCUUAUAUAGUCGCUUCAAAAGUCUAAGCAGUAGAAGGAGAUUAACAUGGAUUUCAGGUGUCAGGCAAGGUGUAAGCAAGUUCAAAGGAGAGAUCAAGGAUGGUGAGAGUGGAGUAGAAUUUAUUUGUUUUUUUAUUCAAUUGACCCAAUAUAAACUUAACAAGAAAGGAUAUAUAAGGUUGGUGGUUCUUAGGCGAUAACUCGAGUCCACCCCUGAGAAGAAACUGAAUGCCGAGAGCUUUUCGUUGUUGAUAUGAUUGUAUAGAGUGACACUCCUUGGUGAAGAUUAGAAAAUGGCUUUUGUUUUGGAGGAUGAGAAAACUGAGGAUUACCUUUUCAAGAUUGUACUGGUUGGUGAUUCAGCUGUUGGGAAAUCGAAUUUACUUGCAAGAUUUGCUAGGAAUGAAUUCUACCCUAAUUCGAAGUCAACCAUAGGAGUAGAGUUUCAGACCCAGAAGCUGGAUAUAAAUGGGAAGGAAGUUAAGGCACAGGUCUGGGAUACGGCCGGUCAAGAGCGCUUCAGGGCCGUUACAUCUGCAUAUUACCGAGGUGCGGUUGAAGCUCUUCUUGUGUACGACAUUAGCAGAUGGCAGACUUUUGAUAGCAUCGGCAGAUGGCUAAAUGAACUUCAAACUCACUCUGACAUGAAUGUAGUCACCAUUUUAGUAGCCAACAAGUCGGACCUCAAGGACGCCCGGGAAGUACCCACAUCCGAAGGAAAGGCCUUGGCAGAGGCGCAGGGUUUAUUUUUCAUGGAGACUUCUGCACUUGAUUCCUCCAAUGUAGCGGCUGCAUUUCAGACCUUCGUUAAAGGGAUCUACGACAUAUUGAGCAGGAAAGUCAUGAUGUCUAACGAGAGCAAGAAGCAAGACGUGCCGUUGGAUGGGAGGACUGUUGUUUUACAGGGGGGAGAGAACCAACAACCUGAAACAGAGGCCAAAGCAGGUGGGUGCUGUUAAAUCCAUUGCCCCAUACCUUUUACGACUCUCCGUCAUCAUCGAGUUUCCACUGAAGCUGCCGAUAUUUCUUCUUCUCCGUACCUUCAUUUAUCGGUGCCGUUAAAAUGUUUGAUUUAGUAACAUUUGUUUUAUUUGUUCAUGAUUCGCUUUAUCACACGGUGGUUGCGACUUCUACGGAUUACAGAAUUAACAAAAUGUAAAUGAACUCAAGGGGGGAUUGAAAGGGGAAGAACAGAAAAAAGAAAUGAAAU